AUGGACGAUUUGGGAGGAAUGCAAGGCGAAGGGAAUAGAGUAAGWGGACGGAGAAUGAGCGAAAGACUAAUGAAGAAGCACACAUUCUCAAAUUUCAAGAACACAAUCGACAACCCGGUUGAUGUGGAUGCAGAGACAAGCAACACAGAAACUUCAAGUCGAAUAGGGCUAAAUCAAGAAUCGAUGGAAGUGAAACAGACAUCACCAGUGCUUAACGAAAGUCAAAAAGCUUACCUUAAACAUCCAUUGGAUUCUGGUUUGAAUGAGACUAUGAUUGGUGACUAUUUGGCCGAAAGGGAUGAUUUCUCAUUAAAAGUAAUGCAUGCUUAUGUUGAUUCCUUUAAUUUUGAUGGAAUGGACUUUGGUGAGGCUAUUAGAUUUUUUCUAAGGGGUUUUAGAUUACAUGGUGAGGCGCAGAAAAUUGACCGUAUCAUGGAAAAAUUUGCGGAGCGCUAUUGUAAGUGCAAUCCUAAUUCGUUUACUAGUGCUGAUACAACAUAUGUCCUUUCCUAUUCUGUGAUAAUGCUUAAUACAGAUGCUCAUAACAGCAUGGUGAAAGACAAGCAGCCGGCUAUCUCUGUACCAACUCCGCCAUUUUCUACUAAGCUCACAAACAAGGCUAUAAUGGCGUUCGAUCGACAGCGCUUGGAAGAAGGAAACACCGGCAAAGACGGAUCAGAACUAAACGGAAUUUCAACCGAUGACCUUGCAGCGUUCUCCGGUUUACGAAGGUAA